AGGUUACACCAUCCGGACUUGUCGAGUAUCUUCGAAACUACACCAACUGGGAUCUGCUCGGAGCGCGAAUGCGGGGCGAUAUGCCGCUAUCGCUGUGGGACGUGUUUCGGUUUCCCUGGCAGGCCUGCGAUGCAACGCUAGAAGACAAAGAAACGAUGGAUCUGCUGGGGCGUAAGUUCGAUCUCAUGAUUCUGGACGGAGCCUUCCCCGAAUGUGCACUAGGACUGGUGUACCGUCUCGGAGUGCCCUUCAUGUACAUCAACACGGUUGGCUUCUACACUGGGACUAUGUCAAUAGCCGGAAACCCAACGCCGUACUCUACAACCCCGGCGUUCUAUCGGCCACUGACGGACGAUAUGAACUUUCUGGAACGCCUAUCAAACUCUUUCUUCACCUUGUUCUUAGAAGCAGUGUACAUGCCAACAAUGUUGUACGUGCAGCACAUGGUCCGUCGUCACCUCGGCUCGGAUGUACCGAGCAUCUGGGGUCUCGGACGGAACGUGAGCUUCAUCCUGCAAAACGGGCAAGCCACAGUCACCUACCCUCGGCCACUCCUGCCCAACGUGGCGGAAAUCGCAUGCAUACACUGCAAACCUGCCGUCAGCCUGCCGAAAGACCUGGAGGACUUCAUCGCAGGAGCUGGCGAGUCUGGGUUCAUCUACGUCUCGAUGGGAUCGUCAGUAAAGGCGGCCAAUAUGCCGGAUCACUUGCGUAAGCUGCUAGUGCACGCAUUCUCGCGUCUACCUUAUCGCGUCCUGUGGAAGUACGAAGCGAGUCCUGCACUUCUCACCGAUCUGCCAGCGAAUGUGAAGAUAGGUCGUUGGCUGCCACAACAGGACAUCCUGGGUCAUCGGAAGUUACGCGCCUUUGUCACACACGGAGGGUUACUCAGCAUGUUUGAGACGGUUUAUCACGGCGUGCCCGUCGUCACUAUGCCCGUAUUCUGCGAUCAUGACUCAAACGCGGCCAAAGCAUCCACCGAUGGAUACGCCCUCAGGCUGGAGCUCGCAACGCUCACCAGUGAAAAGCUGGUCCGGGCGAUCCACAAGGUCAUCCACGAGCCGAAGUACCGCAGGGAAGCGAAACGCCGACAAAUGCUGCUCAAAGACCAAAGAUCCACCCCGCUUGAGACGGCCAUCUACUGGACCGAGUACGUUAUCCGGCACAAUGGCGCGUACCAUUUACAGACGCCGGCACGUAACCUGAACUUCCUCCAAUACUACUGUCUGGAUCAGGUGCUGUUCUUCCUCGCUGCCGUGUACUUUAUGCGUGUGCUGACCCGACUGUACCUAAACUCAAGAAUAUUUGGGUUGACUAAGGAAAAACUUCAUUAA